GAGCUGAGUUCAUUGAAGCAUAACUGCAUCUGUGGAGAUUGUAUAGAAGUUAUAUUUGCUUAUAUGUAUAUUUUGGAAAAACUAGAUGAGCAACAGCAGUAAUAAGAGAGCUCCCACGACAGCAACGCAGAGACUUAAACAAGACUACCUGCGAAUUAAGAAAGAUCCAGUGCCUUAUAUCUGUGCGGAACCCCUUCCAUCCAAUAUCCUUGAAUGGCACUAUGUUGUACGGGGACCUGAAAUGACUCCAUAUGAAGGUGGCUAUUAUCAUGGGAAACUAAUAUUCCCCAGAGAAUUUCCUUUUAAACCUCCUAGUAUUUAUAUGAUUACUCCUAAUGGAAGGUUUAAAUGUAAUACAAGGUUGUGUCUUUCAAUCACUGAUUUUCACCCUGAUACAUGGAAUCCAGCUUGGUCAGUUUCAACUAUCUUGACAGGCCUUCUCAGUUUUAUGGUGGAAAAGGGCCCCACAUUGGGCAGCAUAGAGACCUCUGAGUUCACAAAAAGACAGCUUGCUGCACAAAGUUUAGCAUUUAAUUUAAAGGAUAAAGUCUUCUGUGAACUCUUCCCUGAAGUGGUGGAGGAAAUCAAACAGAAACAGAAAGCACAAGAGGACCUCAGUAACCGACCUCCAUCCCUCCCUUUGCCAGAUGUGGUGCCYGAUGGGGAAGCACACUAUGGGCAAAACGGGAUCCCCCUUCUCAAUGGGCACGUGCAGCUGGCGCCCGCUAAUCACCCAGGUCUCCAACAAGCCAACCGGAACCAUGGACUUUUAGGAGGAGCUUUGGCGAACUUGUUUGUUAUAGUUGGUUUUGCAGCCUUUGCCUACACAGUCAAGUAUGUACUGAGAAGCAUAGCACAAGAAUGAGGAGCAUACCAGAAAUCCAAGACCAAAAUAGUGGUAGUUGCAGAAUGAGUGGGACUCUUUGGGCAUCUGACUUUGGUACUGGGGUAAAUAUUUGUACUGCCGAGUUGCAGGCAAAGCAUUGGUCGACUCGUGGGUUAUGUUUGUAAGCUCAGUUAGUCAGAAAACUAAAAGAUGUUCUGCUCACAGAUCCUCUUGUCCUCACUACUGUUCAGUAGUGGCUCAUAAGCAAGUCAAAGCAUUGCUGAUGUGAAGCUAGCAUUACUAAUGCUUUGAUUUUUAUAGCAUUUCUCCAUUCUGUUAUUUGAAAUUUGAUGAUCUGAAGCAAAUAAGGCUUUUUACUAGAUUGAACAAUUUUUAAAAUUUCACACUUGAUGCAUAUCAUAUUUUAGGUUCAUUAGCAAAAAGUCUGUACAAGGUUGAAAGGAGUUAGGUGGAGACAGCAAGGGGUCUGGUUAAUGUGAACAAUGAUACUACAGAAGAUAGCUGGUUUCUUUUAUAAAAUAGAAUGACCAUCAUUGCAUAUCUAGUCAGUAGUGAUCAGAUCAGUGGGAAAGUAACACCAUGUGUGUUAAAUGUGUUGUCUAAAUUGUCACAAUAUAACUUAAGAAGGUCUUAUUUGGGCUACAAGAAGUGCAGUUGUUGGCCUUGAGAAAACUACUAGCCAGAAAAAAAAUUAUUUAAAUCAGUCUUAGUGUGGGGGUACUGAUGUUCAAUAUUGGUUUGAAUUUAUUCACUUAGUUACAGAUUUCCGUUUUGGGAAAUGUUAUAUUUUAAAACUGUAAUACUUUAUUUUGAUCACAAGGUGCCACUGUUUCAAAAUAAUAAAUCUGCACAGAACAAUGAAAAAUUAAUUAUGUUUUCAGAAAAAGCUUCUCUGGAUUUCUUGGCCUUUGGUGAAUGAAAAUGCAGUAGCCCUUGUGGAGCUAAAAAGACAAAUGAGGCUGGAUACUGGACCAGAUUCUUCAAAGUCAGCUGAAUUCAUCUGAAGUGCCACUAGCUCAAGUGAACUGCGUAGAAUUAGUAUUGCUUACGUUGCUUGAAAAUUGGGGUGGAAAAAGAAAAAAAGAGAACCUAAACCUUUCUAUUUUACCUGAGUUCCCCGAAGCUUUGGGCUUUAAAUUAAAUUCCCCUCUGUUCCCUUUGAGAUGAUGGAUGACUGAAAUAUCAGUGUUUGCUCCUGAGGUUACAUGAUUGUGGAUAAACACUAAAACUCCUAGUGUAGUUUUUCCGAAGUUACUUUUCAAUCCAAUUUCCUUCCCUUUCCCUUCCCUGCCCUCCCCAUUAGUUUUAUCCAAAUGCUUUGACUUAUCAGAGGCAAACUUACUGUGCCUUUCAUAAUUAACAGUGAUGUCUAGUCAUCUGGGGGAGAAAGCACUCACUGUUAAUGAUCUAACAAACUGUAAAAGGUGAUGGCAGGGUAAAAAGCUCUGCAUUUAACU